UGUCUUCUGAAUUUAGUAUUUUGAUAUCGAGACGUGACGACAAAAAGCGUCAUUGGUGUAGAAGUAGACUGCCGUUCGGUGCGCACAAUCAACAUGCAUGCCUUGGUUUAAUUGAACGAAAGCACGAUGCCGGUAUGUCAGAUACCUUUGAGGGAAAGGUCAAGAGGCACCCUCGGAAUUGCAUUGAUGACGGUGAAUUGCAUCAUCGCAGGUAUGGCACACGUCGUCCUGUUUCUCGGAAUCUACAUCCGGGUGGAGCUCGGGGGCAAGGCACAACUUCUCAAGAACUAUAAUCCCGAUGUGCUGUUCCAUAUGAUGCUGAGCAUUUCGGCAACCCUCAUCAUUUUUCACGCCCCAGGCGCCAAAAUUUGCUAUGACUGCGGCAACUGGAAAACAAGAAGUGGACGGCUGCCCCAGAGACCGGUUCCACGCCUGCUUCCUCUUCUGGCUGAUUGCUGCACUGCUCGUCUCGUUUGUUCCCGUUUCGGCUCUUAUCCUGUGCGCCAUCCACAAGGGGCUCAUCGAGACGGCGUUCGUGGCCGGCUUCAACGAAGCAGCUGUCCGAUACAAGCUCGAUUUGGAGACGAAGGCCCAGCUGGACCGGCUGCAGGUAGGGCACCAGUGCUGCGGAGCUAAGGGAUUCGAUGACUGGAUGCGCAUCAGUUGGGUCAAUAUGGACGACGUCAAGCCCAGCAGAACGUUCACCAAAAGCUCAUAUCGAAAUCCGGAAGGGGAGCUGAUUUUUCCGUGGGCGCCUUGGAGCUGCUGCAAUGCAAGCAUUCUGAUGGUCUGUGACACAAUUUGGGAGUUCAUUCCACACUCGAGCUCUGUCCGAGGACGAAGAAAUGUGCGGGAAACAAGGGGAGAUAGCAUGCUAAGACAGCGGGCCAGCAGAGCAAAUGAGGAAAUGCAUUUCACAAGGCAUCAAACAGAUGACACGCUGCAUCAUGCCAGAUAUUCAUCAGACCGAACAAGUGUUCGCGGCAAAAAAAAACGUAGGACACUGCCGUUAGAAGCAUUAGAAACAGCGUCAGUAAGGAAUGCAUAUCCCGCUGCGAAAAAGAUGACCUUUAUUAGAGCGAUGAACCGUGCGCGGAGCCGGAGAAGUCCAGAUCGGGGAGUGAAAACGACAGAUAAGAAAAAACUCCCCCAGGCACCAAAAAGGCGUAGGAAAAAGCCCCCAAAGCCCGCGAAAGCGUACUCGAAGGCGUUUGCGAAGGGCUUCCGAAAGUUCAACCUCCACGGUAUGAGCCUUCGCGGCCAGGGCCCCAUCGGAGCAGCCAAAACUGACUCCCCGUUCGAGAGUAAGCUGGACGUGUUGUUGCCGAAGCUGAACCUGGAGGACGCCGUGGUCAAGCUGGACGGGUGGUACCGCCCGGCCAGGAUGAGCCGGCAGGCUCUGCAGGAGAAGAUCUUCCACCGCCAGGGCUGCGGCGUUGCCCUCUCCAAGACCGUCUUCUGGGUCAUCGGCAUGGGCAUGACCACAUUGCUCACCAUAUGGGUCUUUCAGCUCAUCAUGCUUAUGAUGGCAAGAUGGCUCCAAACAUCAAUGGACUUGGCCUACAACUGGGGAAAUCCGAAAAUGAUGGCACCGGGGUACAUCAUGAAGAAGUGGCCGUGCUCCAGCGGCCCAGCUCCAGACAUUGAGCCUCCGGAUGCCGCAUUCUACGAAGAGGAACUGGAGCAAUCCAGCGAGGACGAGGAAGAGGAGAGAGGCCGCCCGCGAGGAGAGCGCCGGUCGCGUGGGUCGUCUUCGCCGUCCUGGACUGAUGACGACGACGGCGGAGACGACGACUUCUCGGAGACGGAUGACAGCACUGGUUACGGCGAGGACUCGUCAGGAUUUGGCGACUUUGCCAGUGCCUUCGGCGAAAAACAUAAGAAAAAGAAAGAUAAGGUUGGCAAGGAAAAGAAAAGCAAAGGCGACAAGGAGGACAAGAAGAGCAAGAAGAAGAAGAAAAAGAAGAAGGAUAAGGAAGAAAAGAAGAGUAAGAAGAAAAAGAAAGACAAGGGAGGAAAGAAGAAAAAGAAGAAAAAGAAGGACAAGAAAGGAAAGAAAACUAAGAAGAAGGGGAAGAAAGGGAAGAAAACAAAGAAAGGGAAGAAGAAGAAGAAGAAAGGCAAGAAAAGAAAAAAGGCUAAAAGAAAGAAAAGGAGCAAAGGGUCUAAAAAGAAGUCAAAGAAGGGAAGAAAGAAGAAGGGUAAAAAGCGAAAGAAGAAGUAG